AUUUUUUUUUGCUCUGGCUUGGUUGAGAGGGGCAGGAGGAAGGUGAAGUAGUCCGGAGAAGAGGGGGUGAGGCGACCGGGUUCAUGCUGCGCAUCAGGGUUGCGGGGGAUCCAACAUCUUUCCGUUUUAGAUGCGCAGAUCUGUAUCAGUGGGGAGCAAACGGUUCUCUCAAGCUUCCUGAAAGUCGCGCAUGAGGGACAUCAACUUCGCCAAUGGCUUGGGCCCGAUAGCGUCAGGGGCUCGAAAUGGAACCUUGGGCUGUCCAUCUUUCAUCCAUCGGCGCUAUUUGUGGACUGGUGGACGGCAGGGGAAUCUGAGAGAAAGGAUCAAACAGUUUGAACUUGGUGUAUACCGUGUAGAUCACCACGUCACUGGGACAGAUCGCCAAGGCCAAGGGUUGGGUCGAAACCUAGAUGGAAAAGAGAAGAGAAAGGAAGUAUUGCGACUGUGGAGGGUGUCUUUAUUGGGGUUCGAUCCACGAUAGCAGAGUGGACCGUGGACGUGGCUAUGGCACGAUGACUGGGGGUGCAAAGAAAGGUCCCUGCUGGGACUACUCCGUCUUCCGUACU